GCAGACCUAAGCAUCGCACAUUCAACGACCAAUAGUCCUCACUCGCUUAAUAUCAUGUAUCCCGCUGUCAAAAUUUCGUAUUGUACAUUUGGCUCGUGGUAUUUGUUACAAUAAACGCAUUGUAUGUGACGUCAAUCAAAUUUUGUAGAAAUGGUGAAUACAGAUACCAUACGAAAAAAUUAUCCACUGCACUGGCUCGUUUGGCAUAAUAGCUAUGUAGAACUCGACAAGGAACUAUCCACAAAUGAGCAUGAUAUAGAAAAACAUGAUAAUCGCGGAAGGACCCCGUUGAUGUUGGCAGUAACUUUAGGUCAUACAGAUUCUGCUAUAGUGCUGUUACAUCAUGAAGCCAAUGUUAAUACAGAGAAUACUCAAGGAUGGAGUGUUGUUCAAGAAGCAGUAGGGACAGGAAAUCCUGAACUGUUGCAAAUGGUGCUAGCCCGAAGAGAUUAUCAGAGGUACUGUAAUCGAGUAGCUGGUAUACCAGAAUUGCUUCACAAACUUAAGCAGGCGCCCGAUUUUUACGUAGAAAUGAAGUGGGAGUUUGCGAGUUGGGUUCCUCUCGCAUCUCGGAUGUGUCCAAGUGAUACCUAUAAAGUUUACAAACAAGGUAGUAAUGUGAGGAUUGAUACUACGCUAUUAGGUUUUGAUCACGCAAGUUGGCAACGUGGGAGUCGUAGUUAUGUCUUCAAAGGACAAAACGACGGGGCGACAAUGAUGGAAGUAGACCAUGAGACAAGAAAAGUGUAUGUUGAACACAUGAAACUUAUAGGAGAUGAUAAUGUACAAUUAAUGGAACCUUCUGAAGAGGGCGUGAUAGCUCGUCUUACCAAUCCUAUAGUUACGACAUACAUAGAUACAGAUAAAAUUAGUUUUGAACGCAAUAAAGCAGGUAUAUGGGGAUGGCGUUCGGACAAAAGUGAGAUAAUAAAUGGUCACGAGUGUAAAGUCUUCAGUGCAAGUAACGUGGAAUUAAUAACUAAAACUCGAUUAGAACACUUAUCCGAAGCGGAUAAAGCGAGAGCUCGCCCACCAAGAACACCUUUACAGUCGCUUCUUGGUAUCACGGAUCAGCAAGAGAACUGCAGCGCUAUCACCACUAGUGAAGAAUAUAAUAAUAUAGGUAAUCCCUGCAACAUCACUGCUGAGGAAUAUUUUGAUUCAGAGGUUGAUUUAAAUGAGAGGGAUAUAGGUAGACCAAAGGAAGUUAAUACAAAAAUACAGAAAUUUAAGGCAACUUUAUGGUUGAGUGAGGAAUAUCCAUUAAGUCUCCAAGAACAAAUCAUGCCAAUCGUAGAUUUAAUGGCUAUAUCUAGUUCACAUUUUGCUAAAUUAAAAGAUUUUAUUCAAAUGCAACUUCCAGCUGGUUUCCCUGUUAAAAUUGAAAUUCCAUUAUUCCAUAUUCUCAAUGCAAGGAUAACCUUUGGAAAUAUAUUCGGCUUAGAUCAAGAAGUACCCCAUGUAGGUCAUUUGCAAGAAACUAAUCGUAUAACUUGUUUAGUUGAUGAUAUUUGUUUUGAAGCUCCCAAUGGAUAUGUUAAAUUGGGUGCAGAAGUUAGAACACAAUUUAGUAUCGAAGAAGAAGACGAUUUGCUACAGUUUGCUAUUCAGCAAAGUCUUUUGGAAGCUGGUAGUGAACGUGAUGAGGUUGAUAUAUGGGAGGCAUUAAAAGCUCAAAAGCCAUCCAGACCAACUACACCUAAUAUGAGCUCUGAGGAAGAAAGACAGCUGCAGAGGGCAAUUCAAGCUAGUUUAGUCUUAUAUCAAGAAACAGCAGGAUCGGUCGAAAGUACUGCGAAUUCAACUACUGUAAAUGAAGAUAGUGAUUCCCUUGAGGGCACAGCCGAACAAUUAAGAUUAGCGUUAAAACUUUCCGAGCAACAACAAAUAGAAGAAGAGCAACGGCGAUUGCUGGAAGAGGAAACGUUCCGUCAAGUGUUGGAGCUGUCUUUAACAGACAAGUGAACUUCUAAAAAGAGAGAGUGUGUGUGUGUGCGCGCGCGCGCGCACGCGCACACAACAGUCAGAGAAAAUAUUCAUUGAAGUAUACUUCAAGAAAGAUGUGAAAGAAAAUCUUCCAGUCUUAUCAAAAUGAGACUAUACAAAAAUGUCAUUUCCUACAAUUCAUGAAUUGCAAAAUGCAUUAAGAGGUAAUAAUGUUGCUUAUAAUAAACAUUUGUUAUUGAAGUAUACCCAGUUACAUAAUACAAGUCAAAAGAUAGAGAAAAAUAGCAUAGUAGUAGUUGAACGAAUGAAUGAUAUAUUUAAAUUAUGUUAUUUAUUUCUUAGUUACAUUUUAUAUGAGACAAAAUUCUUCAAUAACGUAGACAUCGCAGCAAGUAUGUAAAAGAAGUCUUGAAAAUUACAAUUGCUCUUUAAAAGAAAUGCGUUUACAAUCGACAAACAAUCAAACAGUGUUUGUGUGAGAAUCCUAUUAAAUGAAAGUAAAUAAUGUAAGUUACGCGACUGUUAAUAUCUAGAAUCUAGAAUAAAAAGCGUGUAAUUCUCAA